UAAUACCCAACAUAUCCUCGUUUUUCAUUUUUGUUCUUUCUGCAAAUCUCUGUAUAUAUGGAGUCACCACCAACACACUCACGUUACCCCUCCUUCACCAUUGGAUCUACCAAUCUCUCACCUUCUUCUUCACUGACCCAUUUCCCUCUCUCUAAGGGGGAGGUUUUUGUUUUUUCACUUUGGUGAGUAAACUGUGUAUUUAAGAACCAAUGGCGCGUAAGAAGAUCAGAGAGUAUGAUUCUAAGAGGCUGUUGAAGGAGCACUUUAAGAGACUUUCUGGCCAGGAAUUGCCCAUCAAGUCUGCACAAGUCACAGAAUCAACCGAUUUUAAUGAGCUAGCAGGGAAGGAACCCUGGCUCUCAUCUUCAAAAUUGGUUGUGAAACCUGACAUGCUAUUUGGAAAGCGUGGAAAAAGUGGGUUGGUUGCCUUGAAUCUUGAUUUGGCAGAUGUUGCUUCUUUUGUGAAAGAGCGUCUUGGCAAAGAGGUUGAGAUGGGUGGAUGCAAAGGGCCUAUAACAACUUUCAUUGUUGAACAAUUCAUCCCCCACAACGAGGAGUUUUACCUUAACAUUGUCUCGGAGAGACUGGGGAACAGUAUAAGCUUUUCUGAAUGUGGAGGAAUUGAUAUUGAAGAGAACUGGGACAAGGUUAAGACUGUAUUUAUUCCAACAGGAGUGUCUCUUACAUUAGAGAAUAUUGCCCCUCUUGUUGCAACCCUCCCAUUGGAGAUCAAGGGAGAAAUUGAGGAAUUUCUCAAAGUGAUUUUCGCUCUAUUUGAAGAUCUGGAUUUCACUUUCUUGGAGAUGAAUCCUUUCACUUUGGUUAAUGGAAAGCCGUAUCCUUUAGAUAUGAGAGGGGAGCUAGAUGACACUGCUGCUUUCAAGAAUUUUAAGAAAUGGGGAAACAUUGAAUUUCCAUUGCCAUUUGGAAGGGUUAUGAGUCCUACCGAGACUUUCAUUCAUGGAUUAGAUGAAAAGACAAGUGCAUCUUUGAAAUUCACAGUAUUAAACCCAGAGGGCCGGAUUUGGACAAUGGUAGCUGGGGGAGGCGCUAGCGUCAUCUAUGCUGACACAGUAGGAGAUCUUGGCUAUGCUGCUGAGCUUGGAAAUUAUGCAGAAUAUAGUGGUGCACCCAAGGAAGAUGAGGUCUUGCAGUAUGCCAGAGUUGUCAUUGAUUGUGCAACUGCAAAUCCUGAUGGCCAAAAGCGAGCACUUGUGAUAGGGGGAGGAAUAGCUAACUUCACCGACGUUGCUGCUACAUUCAGUGGCAUAAUUCGAGCUUUGAAGGAGAAGGAACAAAAGCUAAAAGAAGCAAAGAUGCACCUCUAUGUCAGGAGAGGAGGUCCCAACUACCAGAAGGGCCUAGCGAAAAUGCGGGCACUUGGAGAGGAGAUUGGCAUCCCUAUUGAGGUUUAUGGACCCGAAGCAACAAUGACUGGUAUAUGCAAACAAGCAAUCCAGUGCAUCACUGCUGCUGCUUAAAUAUCCAUUCUUAGGCGAGUUAUUUCAUUUUCAUUUGUAGUUUCAAGUGAUUGUUGAUUCUCAAUUCUCUUUCCUAUUCUCAGAACUGUGAAAUUAGGUGAGUUAGAGCAUAUGUUGUUACUAUUUUAGUCAUCUAAUAAAGUGAUCAAGGGUGUUUUGUAUCAUGUAUAAUUCUGAUCGUGCAGUCUUGACUCUUGACACAAUGAAGUGAUAUGUGUAACUUGUUUAAGUUUUUCGAUGCUACAAUUUUUCUUACUGAAAUAAAUGGAUUUUGUUAUCGAUUAA